GUCGUAAGAUUGAUUGCACCACACGACUCAACAAAAGACAGGAAACAACGACUCGAUUCAUUUCUCCCCCAACGAGCACGGCGAGAGUGUGCCCACCAGUUUAUCAUAAGACCCUCACGCUUCCGUUUAUGCCCUCCCACCACCACGACCGCCCUCUCCGACAGCCACCACCAUGAGUGGACGGCUUCUGGCAGCGGGGAUCGUGCCCCUUAGCACGCGACGCGCCGCCGCUCUCCCAGAAGCCGCCGUCCGCCAGUAUCACCGCUUCCGCUUCCCGACCGGCGGUCUACAGCGCGCCGAUGCUGCGAUACGAGCGACGCGGCAGCGCAUGUGGUUUCCGGGGAACGCCUUCCACAAUGCAGUGACGGCACGCAACGCCUCGUUCGCGAGGUUCUUGCCAAAGUUAGCGGCCAAGUUUAUCAGGCUGCCGGCUAUGUUUGGCGGUAUAAUGAUUGGCGGCGUCGCAUGGAUACAGUAUCAGGCUAUACAGGUCAGCAACUCGGCGACGGAGAUGUACAAAAAUGCGAAGGGCAUAGCCUCCGACACGGCGUCGACUGUAUUUGGUGGCGCAAAAGACAUCGCCGGCCAGAUAGGGAGGGGAUGGGAAAACACAAAAGACUCCGUCGAGAUGCCGGAAUGGAUGCAGAAGAUACUGCGGCUACAGGAGGAAAUGGGAACAGGAGGCGGUGAACGAGGGGGACCGGACCCAGGAAAUGAGCCACCGAAACGUGGCAAGACCUCGGCAGCACUGGCAGGCGCAUCGGCAGGCGCUUUCACUGUUGUGGAAGAUGACAGGGACGGCGAGGAGAUUGCAAAGGACGACCAGAUGAUGGUCUUGACCAAGAAGAUGAUCGAGAUCCGGAACAUCCUCUCCAAGGUCGGCCAGUCGAGCGCGCUCACCCUACCGUCCAUUGUUGUCAUCGGAUCACAGUCCUCCGGGAAGAGUUCUGUGCUAGAGGCCAUCGUGGGCCACGAGUUCCUGCCCAAGGGUUCCAACAUGGUGACAAGAAGGCCAAUCGAGCUCACACUGAUCAACACGCCCGAGACCAACGCCGAAUAUGGCGAGUUCCCUGAUCUGGGCUUCAAAACGACAGAUUUCUCGUCCAUACAAAGGACCCUCACAGACCUCAACCUGGCUGUGCCGGACACCGAAUGUGUGUCCGACGAUCCGAUCCGGCUCAGCAUCUACUCCCGGAGCGUUCCAGACCUGUCGCUUACCGACCUGCCAGGUUAUAUCCAGGUCGUCGGCCAGAAUCAGCCCCUUGAGCUGAAGCAGAAGAUCACAGAGCUGUGCGAUAAGUACAUACAAUCUCCCAACGUCAUUCUUGCGAUAUCUGCGGCAGACGUCGAUCUGGCAAACUCGACAGCAUUGCGGGCGAGCAGGAGAGUAGACCCACGGGGUGAGAGGACAAUUGGUGUCGUCACCAAGAUGGAUCUGGUUGAUCCUGUGCGAGGCGCGGCCAUCCUGUCCGACAAGCAGUACCCCUUGCGCCUCGGCUAUGUGGGAGUUGUCACUCGCGCACCUGGUGUCGCAGGGCUGUUCAAGAAAGGCACGGGUGGCAAUUUGACAUCGGUCAUUGCGAAGAACGAGAAUGCAUAUUUCUCGGCGCAUCCAGUCGAGUUCGGAGCUGAGGCCGGGACCAACGUUGGCACACUCACCCUGCGCAAGAAACUUAUGCACGUCCUGGAGCAGACUAUGUCCGCCAGCCUUCAGAGCACGCACGACGCCAUCAAGCAAGAGCUUGAGGAGGCCACAUAUGAGUUCAAGGUGCAAUAUAACGACCGACCUCUGUCAGCAGAAUCAUAUCUCGCCGAGAGCCUGGACGCAUUCAAGCACUCCUUCAAACAAUUCACCGAGGAGUUUGGCCGACCACAAAUGCAGGAGAUUUUGAAAAAGGAGCUCGAUCAGCGUGUGCUCGACCUUCUCGCCCUGCGCUACUGGAAUAAGCCCAUCACCGACCUAUCACGGCCGCCGCCGGAGGCCGACACGCUCGCCGACCUGCCCAAGGCUGACCGCGACUCACCCUACUGGCACCGGCAGCUCGAUGCCUCAACCUCCGCACUUACGAAGCUCGGUGUGGGCCGCCUGGCGACGAGCGCGGUGGCAAGCGCGAUUCAGUCGCACAUUGAGCAGCUGAUCUCCCGGUCGACGUUCGCGAACCACCCGUUCGCACGCGAGGCCAUCACGAACGCCGCAUCGAGUAUCCUUAACGAGAGAUUCUACAGCACGAGCGACCAGGUCGAAAAUUGCGUCAAGCCUUACAAGUUUGAGAUCGACGUCGAAGACCGAGAGUGGGCAGUCGGUCGAGAGCGCGUCGGCAGCGUGCUGAAGGGCGAGCUGGAAGCGUGCCAGGGGGCGCUGUCGAACCUGGAGAAGGUGGUCGGCGGGCGCCGAAAGCUGAAGGAGGUGAUGAACUUUGUGGACAAGUGUCGCAAGGGUGAUAUCAUCGUCGAGGGAGAAGGGAGGAUGGGUGCUGGUGGAUUUAGUGCUGCGUUAUUGGAGAAAGGCCGAGAAGCAGUCUUCCUCCGUGACCGAGCCGACAUAAUUAAUAUGCGCCUCCUCGCCGUCAAAUCCCGCCAGUGCAAAGACCUCAAGAACAAGUAUUACUGUCCAGAGGUGUUCCUGAACGCGGCGGCCUCCAAGAUCGCCCAGACCGCCGUGCUCUUCCUCAACGUCGAGCUGCUGUCCGAGUUCUACUACAACUUCCCGCGGGAGCUCGACGUGCGGCUGGGCCGGCACCUGUCGGAAGACCAGAUUGAGCGUUUCGCCAAAGAGGACCCCAAGAUCAAGAGGCACCUCGAGGUCAUCAGGCGCAAGGAACUGCUCGAGCUCGUGCUGGAGAAGAUGGAGAGUCUGAGGCAGCUCGAGGGACGGGAGAGGCCGCGGCACGAGGCCGAGGCGAAGCGGGAACGGGGUGGACGAUGGGGUCUGUUCUGAGAUGAAUCAUCUGCAGUGCGGUUGUUUGAUCUCUAUGCGAUACCCGUCGUUUCACCAAGUUCAUGUCUAGUCAUCCACGAGAAAGGGGCGGAGGAGUCAACAUGUUUCGGUCAUUCACUGAAAGACUGAGUUAUCAACAAGCUGCUUUCUCUCUACUCACAGCGAGCCGUAUAUAGCAUCGAAUUACACAUCUCAGAUCAUGGUCCG